CGCACAGUUGCCUAUCACGAGGCCGGGCACGCCGUGUGCGGAUGGUUUCUGGAACACGCGGACCCCCUGCUCAAGGUGUCGAUCAUACCCCGCGGUCAGGGCCUCGGCUACGCUCAGUAUCUGCCGCGCGAACAGUACCUGUACUCCAAGGAACAGCUCUUCGACCGAAUGUGUAUGACUUUGGGCGGUCGCGCCUCCGAAGAGGUGUUCUUCGCGCGCAUUACGUCCGGAGCUCAGGACGACCUCAAGAAAGUCACUCAAAACGCGUACUCACAGGUCGUGCAGUUGGGUAUGAGUGCUAAAGUCGGGCACUUGUCGUUUGAUUUGCCACAACCGGGAGAAAUGGUUGUCGACAAGCCGUACAGUGAGGCCACCGCACAGCUCAUCGACUCGGAGGUCAGGGAAAUGGUUCAAAAGGCGUACGAACGCACUGUCGGUAUCGUUCGCGAGCACAGGGAGGACGUGGAGAAGAUAGCGUUGCGAUUGCUGGAGAAGGAAGUGCUGAAUCGCGAGGACAUGAUUGAGCUCUUAGGCGACCGUCCGUUCAAAGAGAAGUCCACUUAUGAGGAGUUCGUUGAGGGCACGGGUGGUCUCGACGAAGACAUAUCACUGCCUAAAGGCCUCGAGGGUUGGAAUGAGCCCAAGAGUGGCGGCAAAGCGCCCGCCGCGACACCUAAGUCUACGUCAGAGCCCUCCCGACCCGAGUGA